AUUAGUACUGCAGCAGGAAACGAAUAUCCAAGGAAUUUCAUUAGUGCAUGCUCAAGGAGAAUCCUGACAGUAACCUCUUUCAUAUAAUCGGAAAGAUUUUGUGAUUUAUCAAUAAUAUGGAAGAAAGAUUACUGGAGAGGCUAAAAUCCUCUAAUUUUGCAACUGCAACAGAUAUUUUAGCAAAGAUCAAUCUUGAUUUCGCGCAGUGCAUGAGUUUCGCACCGGACACAAAGAGUCUAAGAACCUCUGUUGCUAAGUUUAUAUUGUCAAAAUUGGAGAGUUUGGGUUGCAAUGAUCAAGUUGAAUUUAGCACCACGGCUUUAAAUACGUUGAGGAUAACUUGCCGCGAUAAAACCGUGCUAUCCGGUAUAGAAAUUGAUAAUGUCAUUACAACUUUAUUUAGAUAUGGACAAUUUCUUGAUCAAACUGAAAAAAAUCCCGAAAAAUUAAUUAUUGAGGCCCAAAAAUGUCUCUAUAAUAUUUUGCAUUUGUCACAAUCAGCCAAUGAAUUUUGCGCAGCUCAUGGCAUCCUGGAUGGUAUCUUUUCCAGAAUUAAAAAUCAUGAAGAAUACUGCGGAGAAAUACAAAAAUUGGACUUUAUAAUCUUGUUUUUUGUUACUGCGAAAUGCCCUCGUACGAGAUCGUCUAUUGCAGUUGAAACAGAUUAUUUCGCAGUUCUCGUAAAAACUCUGGAAAGGCUAUCAUACAAGAACAACUUUCCAAAAAAGAGGCUAACCGAAGAAGUGGACCUGAUCUGCGAGAUUUUAAAAUUAUCCUUCAAUGGAAUAUGUAAUUUGAACAAAAAAUCAACUGAUAUUAAUGAUAGCACUAAACGCUUUGCAAUUACACUAAGAGACUUAUUAUUAAUAAAGAAUGCUCCGGAAACACUUAUUUCUAAUGUUAUUAAUGCUUGGACUUCUAUGCCAAUAUCAACUUAUGAUACACUUGUUGAAUGUUGUUCAACUGAUGCCGAAAAAAGAAUCAGUUUUGAAGGAAAAGACCUAACAGCUAUACAAGUCAUUCUCGAUUUCCUUCAAACUAGGUUAGAUAGAUGCAAACUAAAUGAAAAUAUCAGCAUCAGGGAUGAAGUAAGUCCAGUUAUGAUGUCGCUAGUACAAUUUUGCCGACAUCAGAGAUACGUAAGAAAGUAUUGCAGAUCUAUUAUCCUACCACCCAUGACAACUGAAGUUCUCACCUUACCCGAAGAGGGAAAUUCGUUUAGAAACCACCUUUGCAGACUCUUAACACACGUCUGCAUGGAAGUUUGUAAAUUAUCUACUGAAUUAUUGUUUGUUAUGUGCAAAGAGAGGGUAAGCAGGUUUAUUAAGUAUACCGGUUACGGAAAUGCCGCUGGAAAAUUAGCCGAGAGUGGUCUAUUGAUUCCAACUAAUGUAAAAAGUGAAAACUACUCCUCGGAAAGCGAGGAUUCCGAUACAGAAGAAUAUGAUCAGCUAAAGGCUGAUAUUAAUCCUGUUACGGGUAGAGUGGAAGAACCUAGAGAGGAAGUUCAAAUGAGUGAUGAACAAAAGGAAUACGAAGCUAUGAAGCUUGUUGAUGAGAUUGAUAAGUUGAUGAGAAGAGGAAUUAUUACACCGUCAGUUAUAGGCGAGGAUGGUCGGCCUCAACCUGCACAACACGUUAGCCAACUCCUUGAUAACAUUGAUGUUGGACGAAGAGCUAGAGGAGAAAAUGGCAAUGAUUCUGAUUAG